GGGCGGCCAGGGCCAGGUCUCCUCUUUCCUUCUUCACCCAACCCCCAGCCUGCCUGCCUGCCGAAUCUGCCUUUCCCCAGUCGGACCGCGAGCCGGUCCGCCCCGAAGGCGAAGCCACCUCUCCUCUUUCCUUCCUCUUCCUCAACAAAUUCGAGUCCUGCACUCCUGCUGCCCCCUAGCCUAGACCAGCCAGCCCGACUCCACUGCUACUCUGUCCUCUCUCGUCUCUCUGAAGCGAUCGAUUCCUCUCUAGGGUUCCGAAGCCGCCCGAAUCCACUCCGGCGGCCGCCACUCCAACCAUUGGGUGUAACCCUUCCCCUCCUUGCGCCGCCCGCCUCGCCUCCCUCGCUCCGCACGGUCUUGUUGGCUCGAUCCAACUGUCAUUGGGUUGCUGGACCUGCAGCAGGCCAUGUCCAUGCAGCGGGAGCAGGAGCUGCGCCGGCGCCAAAUCCGAACCGGCAAUGGAUUGGUCGUUUCACUGGAUGAAAGGAAGGCCUCAGCCUGCCAAAAAGGUUGUGUUGCUACUGGAUCGAUUGCUUCACAGGGUAAAAGAAAGGGCUCACCCUGCCAUCAAGAGGAUAGUUCGCAGAGCGGUGAAGAAAAGGGAUAUCCAGGGCCAGAACUUCCAGAGGAUAUCUGGCUUCGUAUACAUUCCCUGAUGCCAAUGCGAGAUGCUGCCCGAGCCGCUUGCGUGUCUCGUGCCUUUCUAUGUUCUUGGAGAUCCCAUCCAAACCUCUCUUUCAGUGAGGAAACUCUGGGAUUGAAAGGGAUGGUGUCUGAAAAAUUGGAAAUAGCUAGAGAUUACGCUAACAAAGUUGACCAUAUUCUUAAAGGACACUCGGGCGUUGGUGUGAAGACAUUCCAGCUUUUCGGUGCUCCAAGUUACACUGUGAAGGACCAUCAUUAUCUUGAUAGUUGGCUUCAGAUGGCCGUUAAACCAGGGAUUGAAGAACUCGCCAUUAGUCCUUGUUCAGGAUAUGAGUAUAAGUUCCCAUGCUCACUUUUAUCAGAUGGGAAUGGAGACUCGAUUCAGUCUCUUCAUUUUGCAUCUUGUGCGUUUCAUCCCACAGUUGGGUUUGGUUGCUUGAGAAGCCUGACGAGUUUAUAUCUGUAUAUGGUGCAUAUAACGGGGAAUGAGUUAGGGUGGCUUCUGUCUAGUUCUUUUGCUUUGGAGCGGUUCACACUCAGAUAUUGCUGUGAAAUAUAUCGCUUUAAGAUACCUUGUCAUCUUCGGAGGUUGAGAUACCUGGAGGUGCUUCAUUGCAGCGAGCUCAAAGUGAUAGAGAGUGAAGCUCCAAACCUCUCCUAUAUUCGAGUCGCAGCUGGCUUCCAGCUAGAACUCUUACUUGGAGGAGCAGCAUCGCAGGUGAAGAACCUGAACAUGUAUUAUCCCGGCGCUGUUCGUUAUACUUGCACUAAGCUUGCAUCUAGCAUGCCAAAUCUUGAAACUCUUGACAUAGAGUCAACCAAGGAGAUGGUCAAUAAGCCAAUGGUAUCUAGCAGAUUUCUCCACCUCAAAUAUUUGAACAUUUAUGUUACCAUGGACAAUUCUCCAAGAUUUGAUUAUUAUUUUCUGGUUUCUUUAAUUGACGCUUCUCCUUCCUUGGCGAGUUUGGUCUUGGAUGUAUCGCAGCGACGCAUGGAGCAUGUCUCAAUUUUUGAAGAUCCCUCGGAGUUGAGGCAGAUGCCCGAGCAAAUGCAUGGCAAGCUUCAGAAUGUGCAGUUCAGUGGUUUCUCCUCUGCGAAGAGCUUGAUUGAGCUAACACGGCAUAUCCUUGGGGUUUCAACGUCACUCAAGAAGCUUGUAUUGAACACCAGACCCGGACGUUGUGUGCAUGUCCGCCCUGACUACAAAAUUGGCAAAUGCUUUGGCAUGGAGAGGGACCAUAUCGUGGAAGCUUUUAGAGCGGUCUCUGCUAUUGAAAUAUACAUUAAGCCAAAAGUGCCAUCCACGGUUAACUUAUUUGUCAGGGCGCCUUGCAGUCGAUGCCAUGUUAUUAAAGACCUGGGUGAUCCUACUCCCAGGUUGUCAACGCACUAGAGGAAUGAUCGUUGCAUUUUCUGCACUCUUUGGUGUAUAUAGGUCUGUUAGCAUGAGGCGGCAGUACCCAAAACAUGGCAGAUCGAGUACUUUUGCAGCUGCAGUGACGAUAUCACAAUCUUGCUGUUAUUUAAUCCAUUAUUAAUAGUAAUGAAUCUAAUGAAUCCGGCAGAAGUAUCUUGGGACAAACAUGUCGUUGAGUUUUAGAUGUCGAGUUAUAUACUGUAAUAUUCGGUCCGUGUGUUAGUUUUUCCUAAACUAUUACCAGACUGUUCAUUGAUUAGUUAUGUGCUUGUAUUGUACUACUGCUACAUUGUUCGUGAUUUUGUCCCUUAAUUUAUUGCAGUGUUUAACUAUGUA